CAGUGUAGAGCACUUAAUCAGACACAGAGAGGAGCGGUACCGUAUGAAUGGGCGAGGGGGAAGAGAAGGGCCUCAUUUACGCGACUCAAUCCAUAAAAGAACAACAGCCAGCCAGUCCUGCUGAAGGAUUAGCUCCCUGUCCAUGCUAACAUGGGCCUCCCCUCGGUGAUGGUGUUGCCCCUGCUAAUAGUCGUGGCAGCAGGGGUGUACUACAUCUACAACGAGAUCUUACAGUUCAUGUCCAAGACCUUAGUGCGCAACAAAGUCGUGGUGAUCACUGAUGCCGUCUCAGGAGCGGGAGCUGAAUGUGCCCAUCUCUUCCAUAAGGCCGGUGCCAGACUCAUCCUGUGUGGAACUACCUGGGAUAAGCUGGAAUCCCUGUAUGACUCUCUGACUACUGCCUCUGAUCCAAGAGAGACAUUCGCCCCAAAGCUGGUGAUCCUGGAUUUCAGUGACAUGGACAGCAUGGAGGAUGUGGUGGCUGAGGUCAUGGAGUGCUAUGGCUACGUGGAUGUGCUGAUCUGCAACAGCAGCAUGAAGCUGAAAGCCCCCGUCCACAGCGUCUCUCUGGAGCUGGACAGAAACAUCAUGGACAUCAACUACUUUGGUCCGAGCAGCCUCGCCAAAGGUGUUCUUCCGGCGAUGAUGUCAAGAAGAUCAGGACACAUUAUACUGGUCAACAGCAUCCAGGGCCGACUGGCGAUCCCAUUCAGAGGCUCGUAUGCGGCCUCCAAGCACGCGGCGCAGGCCUUCUUCGACUGCCUAAGGGCAGAAGUGGAGGAGUAUGGGAUUGUUGUCAGUACCGUCAGCCACACCUUCAUCAACGCCUCUGAGCCGCCACCCGCCGUGGAGCCAGCUCCAAAGCAAAAUGUCCUAACUGAUUAUAUCACCAGCCAGCUCACCCACGGUGUGAGGCCUUCGGUCCUGGCCAAUGAGAUUCUGGAGACGGUGAACAGGAAGAGGAAGGAGGUUGUGCUGGCCCACCCCAUCCCCAGGGUGGCCCUCUACCUCCGUUCCCUCUUUCCUCCCUUUCUCUUCGCUGUGCUGGCGGCCAGAGUGAAGGACUCCGUGUUGGCAGAGCCGAUGCAGUAGAAGAAGACGGGGGUAGAUGUGAAAUCAAGCAAAAUAUUGUUGGUCUUGAGAGUUUCACGCUGUUUUAUGUUACUGCCUGACGCUUUCAGAAUUAUGGAUUAAUUUUGACAGACAACAAUUGAGUGAAUACAUUAAAAACUACUGGGUUGAAAAGGACAAAUUAAUUUGGAUUAAUUUUAUAUUACUUUGCGAUGCUCAUUGAAUGAUCCAAACCUUGGGUUUGACUCAGCAUGGUGGAUUAUGCAGUAAAGAUUGGUAAAAGAGACCAACAUCUACUUCUAAGGCAACCAAAGAGUUGUUUGAACCUAAUAACUUUUAUGACUGAGCAAGUAAUUUUUAUGUUAAACUAUUUGAUUGUCAUUUUUAAUUUAAGUCUACAAUAGCAAUCAUCAUUUAUAAAAACAAAGACAACAUUAUGAGAUCUUACAAGAUCUUCAUUGACAACUAAACUUUCUAGAACUUUCUUGGAACUUAACAGAAAAGAACCUGUGUGGCGUCAUGGCAACAAGGAGGGUAUACAACUGAAAAUAUUUUGCUUAUGACAGUGAGAAAACUUAACUUAAAUGUACGAAUGAAGUUUGUUGCUUUCAGUCUUACAAUUUUCUUAUUUCCUCUGAGAAUGUGAUGCAUCCAGAACAAUUAUCAACUGGUGAGAUUUACUGACUUACUUGAACAAUCAAGAACAACCAAGUAAAGCAGCCAGAAGGAAUCAGCAAAGCCUGAGUGGUGGCAUCAUGUGCGAGGUGAUAAUGUUACCAUUGGAGUGUCUGGGAGUCAAAACAGACAGUGAAGAGAUAAAAGAUUCCUUGUGAUUUUGGUAAGAGGGAUAUUUUCUAACAAUCUUCUUAAAGUAGAUACAACAAAAAUAAUUUUCUCCACCAUUAACCUUAAA